AGACAGUCGCGCAGUUGUUUAAUCAGCCAACAUGGCCGCAUCCAUGAGACUGCUGGUCCGGAGGGCGAUCCGUCUUUCUCAUAGACAUGUUAAGGUUGCCGCUGCUGGAGUUUCAGCUCGGUCCGGCUGCUGCUGGGAACCGUCGUCCUGUCGUUGUUACAGCGAUGCAGCCGGAGACAGGAGCACACAUUUUGGUUUCGAAACGGUGCCAGAGACAGAGAAGGCGAAGAGAGUGUAUAAGGUGUUUGAGAAUGUGGCGCAGAAGUAUGACAUUAUGAACGAUGCCAUGAGUCUGGGAAUUCAUCGAGUGUGGAAGGACAUGCUGCUGCACGCCAUGCACCCGCAGGCCGGGGUGCGACUCCUGGAUGUGGCGGGUGGAACAGGUGACAUUGCCUUCCGUUUCCUGGAGUACAUUCGUUCUCAGCAGGAGCGGCAGAAGCGGCGGGUGGCGAGGUCCAUGAAGACGCCAUCGUGGCAGGACAUUUCCAUUAACUACUCCACAGAGGACGAGGACCGGCCCCAGGAAUCCAGAGCUGUGGUCUGUGACAUCAACAAGGAGAUGCUGAAAGUGGGCAAGCAGAAAGCUGAAAACAUGGGCAUCAGGGCUGGUCUGUCGUGGGUCGUGGGGGAUGCAGAGGAGCUGCCCUUUGAUGACGACCAGUUUGAUAUUUAUACCAUCGCCUUCGGCAUUCGAAAUGUCACCCAUAUAGAUCAGGCACUUCAGGAGGCUCUGCGGGUCCUGAAGCCUGGUGGCAGGUUCAUGUGCUUAGAGUUCAGCAAAGUGACAAAUCCCAUGCUGGCAAGGCUUUAUGACGCAUACAGUUUCCAGAUGAUUCCUGUUUUGGGAGAGGUGAUCGCUGGAGACUGGAAGUCGUACCAGUAUCUGGUAGAAAGCAUCCGCAAGUUCCCGGGCCAGGAGGAAUUUAAAGGAAUGAUUGAGGACGCAGGUUUCUACUGUGUUCGGUACUACAACCUCACUGGCGGAGUUGUGGCUCUUCACUCUGGUUUCAAGCUGUGAGAUGCACUCCCAACACCUCCUGUACAAAAGCAAAUAAGCAAAAAGAAAGGGACAAACUGCAGAGUUCUCAGGCAUGAAGCCCCAGAGCUGUUUUCUGCAGUUGUCACUACACAAUGAAAGAAAAUCGGACGUCAGUUGACAUUUAUUGACCCCCCCCCCCCCCCCCCUGUUCAGCAACCAUUGAAGUGUAAAAAAAUAGAACCUGUACUUAAUACCACUAUUGGUGUAAAGAAUGCCCCACUAAAAGCCAAAAUGUCUCUGUGGAAUCAAUGUUUUGACAACUGGCAAGUGAGAUAAAACAUUUGAAUAUUUUUUGUAACAGCUACAUUUUGGCAAAGAAUAAAACUUGUAAUUGUACUCAGAUCAA